AGGCAUAGGUCUUUCACAUCCACCAUCCAUCCUCCCCAGUAUUUGCAUCUGUAUCCUAAUGGUUCACGGCCUGUUCAUGUUCUUCAAGGCAUCCUCCCCUCCAUUUAUAAUUUCAACCAUUUUUGCUUUAUUAUUAGUCAUAGAAAAAUCACUAUGCGUGGAUCCAUACUUCGAGACCUGCAGCCUGAGCAGAACCUGCGGUGGUUUAAAGAUAAGCUUCCCAUUUUAUAUUGAAGGCCUGCAAGACCCUCUCUGUGGCUACCUUGGGUACAACGUUUCCUGCCUCCAUAACACUACAAUUCUCACCAUAUCCGAUAACCCUUACAUCAUCCACCAAAUUUUCUACCAAAACCAGACUCUUCGAGUCUCAAACGCCUUAGGGAAUGGCUGCCUUCCUUUGGGUCGCGACCUACUCCUUCCCAAUGAAGAAUUUGAGCUCGCUCAUCCUGAUGGCACCGGCGUCAUCUUCUUUCUAUCCAAUUGUUCAGCUCCAUUGCCUGAUAAUCUAGUACGCUACAAGAUCAAUUGUUCUGGCGAUGAUGGAGCAAGUCCGGUUCUGGCAAUGUCUAAGGGAGAUUCAAACUGGGUUCUGGCGUCCGAGAAGUGCGGAAGAGAGGUAAAAGCGCCUUUUGAAGAGAAGGCAGAUGAUGGGAGUGAUGAAAUUGGGGAGGAAUUGGUGAGAAGAGGGUUCAUGCUGAAAUGGAGAGCAAGCGACUGUAGCGUGUGCGAGGAGAGUGGUGGCAAGUGUGGAUUCAAUAUCACUGACUACCAUUUCAAGUGUUUCUGCCGCGAUCGUGCUCAUGCUAAGCGCUGUGUUUCUAGGAAUGACAAGGGCAUGAAGUUAAGAGUUGGUCUAGCUGUUGGCAUCGGGGUUCUGUUAGCAGUAGUUUUCUUCUUCUGCUUUUGGAGGAAUUGCAAAUCAAUCAAACGAACAAAGAACCAUCCAAAUAUUGAGGCCUUCUUAAGAAACCAUGGAUCCCUAGCUCUGAAAAGAUAUCGUCAUUCCGAUGUUAAAAAGAUGACCAACUCAUUCAAAGAUAAAAUCGGUGAAGGAGGAUAUGGUGAUGUUUACAAAGGAAAGCUGCUUGAUGGCCAAAUGGUAGCAGUGAAGGUCUUGAAUGAAACUAAAGGUAAUGGAGAAGAAUUUAUCAAUGAGGUUGCAAGCAUCAGCAGGACUUCCCACAUUAAUAUUGUCAGUCUCCGGGGCUUUUGCUUUGAGGGUCCAAAAAGAGCUUUGAUUUAUGAGUUUAUGCCAAAUGGAUCUCUUGAGAAGUACAUAUGUAAUGGAAACCAUUCAGAGACAAAUUGCCAAUUGGGAUGGGAAACAUUGUAUAAAAUUGCAGUUGGCAUAGCCCGAGGAUUAGAGUACUUGCACCGUGGUUGUAAUACACGAAUUCUGCAUUUUGACAUAAAGCCUCAUAACAUUCUUCUCAGCGAAGAUUUUUGCCCAAAGAUCUCUGAUUUUGGCCUUGCUAAACUUUGUACCAGGAAAGAUAGUAUCAUAUCCAUGUUAGGCACAAGAGGGACUCCAGGAUAUAUCGCUCCCGAGGUAUUUUCUAGAGCUUUUGGUGGGGUCUCUCACAAGUCCGAUGUUUACAGUUAUGGAAUGAUGGUCUUAGAUAUGGUUGGAGGGAGAAAAGAUGUUGAUGGUGGAAGUAGUCACACUAGUGAAAUAUAUUUUCCAGAUUCCAUAUACAAGUGCAUUGAAGAAGACGAAGAUCUCGGACUGCCGGAGAUUAUGAAUGGCGAGAGGGAGUGUACAAGGAAAAUGAUAAUAGUGAGCUUGUGGUGCAUACAAACAAGACCCUCAGAUCGGCCACCAAUGUGUCAAGUGCUGGACAUGUUGGGAGGGAGCCUCCAAUCGUUGCAAAUCCCACCGAAGCCUUACUUGUUUUCUCCUCCAAGAUCACUGCAAGAUUCAUCAACAACAACAGUAUCAUGAAUAUCCCCCUUCCCCUCCACACCCCCUCCCUCCCGUUUUUUUUUGUUUUUGUUUUUGUUUUUUUAUUACUGGUUUUUUAUAUUUAGACUUCUCCUAAUUGUAAAGAGAGCAAGAAAAAAAUUGAUGAGUAAGGGAUAAUUGAUGCUCUUCAAUUCUUGUUGA